CGAAAGAAAAACCUCCGCUAUCCUUGCUUUGCCCUGGUCAAGAACGGCUCCGUAAGGACACACCCACAAAACAAAUUCGUCCUCUGCUACUACCUUCAUUGGUUUUGCUCUCCACACAAUGUCUGCUUCCGUUUCUGCUCCUGUCUCAUCUUCCGGAAACCUCAAAAUAGGAAUCGUUGGCUUCGGCACGUUCGCGCAGUUCCUGGCGAAGGCCAUGAUCAAACAAGGCCACUCCCUAAGAGCGACUUCGAGGACUGAUUAUUCUCAGCUAUGUGCUGAUUUGGGCAUCGCAUUUUUCAGUGAUGUGGCUGCAUUUCUUGGAGCAGAUAAUGAUGUGAUAAUGAUAUGCACAUCGAUCUUAUCUUUCUCCCAAGUUCUGAAGUCGAUGCCGUUCCAUUCACUGAAGCAGCCAGCACUAUUCGUUGAUGUACUGUCGGUCAAGGAGCAUGCAAGAGACACCCUCUUACGAGUACUUCCAGAAGAUUCAGAUGUGCUGUGCACUCACCCGAUGUUUGGGCCAGAGAGUGGUAAACAUGGGUGGAGAGAUCUUAACUUCAUGUAUGACAAAGUUCGAGUGAGGGAGGAGAAUACAUGCUCAAGCUUCCUCAAGAUUUUCGAAAUCGAGGGAUGUAGGAUGCUUGAAAUGUCUUGCACAAAGCAUGAUGAGCUGGCAGCGAAGAGUCAAUUCAUCACCCACACAAUUGGCAGAAUCUUGUCGGAAAUGGACAUCGAAUCGACACCGAUAGAUACAAAGGGUUUCGAAGCUCUUGUUCAACUGCUCCGGCAACAAAAAAACCAUUGUCUUUUGAUACGACAUGCUGACAGUUUUCAUAACCGCAGAGGAAGAACACAGAGAGCGAUAGUUUUGAUCUGUUCAGUGGGUUGUACGUCCAAAACAGAUUUGCGAAGCAAGAGCUAAAGAACCUAGAGCUUGCCUUUGAGAAGUUGAAACACAAGCUGCCGAAGAGGAAUGUUGAGGAACAGGAAGCAAACCAGUAGUGCUAGUAUGAUGAGGAACAGCUGCUAAUAAAUUUCUUUUUCACAACAAAUUUACUGCUUAUGGGAACAGUUUCUUAGCCGUAGAAACUGCAAACAAAGUGCCAGUCGAUUCACUCCAGAGAGGUAUUAUACUGAGAGACAUAUUGUCAGAUUUCUAUUUCUGGAGAAAUACAAGUUCUACACUGUUUUCAGUACC